AUGGUGCGGCGCGGGGCGGGGCGCGAGCUCACUGCGGCGUGGAAAGGCGCAGGGCGGGACAAGCUCGUGUGCAGCGUGAGCUCGCUGCGGGGCGGCUCGGAGCGGAGCGGGUGUGGCCGGGGAGGGGCGGCGCAAGCGAGGCCAGGGAAGGGCGAGCUGGGGCCGGGCGGCGCGAGCAGGGCGGAGCCGGGGCGGGGCGGCGCUGCGCGGGCGAGGCCGGGGCGGGUCGGCACGGGCGGGGCCGAGGCAACGCAGCGCUGGCGGGGUCGGGCUGGGGCAUGGCGGAGCCGGGCAGGGCGGCACCGCGUGGGCAAGGCCGGGGCUAGGCGGAGCGGGGACGGGGUGGCGCGGCACGGGCGAGGCUGGGGCCGGCGCGGCACGGGCGAGGCCGAGGGUGGGGCGGCACGGCACGGGCGGGGCCGGGGGCAGCGCGGGCGGGGCGGAGCCGAAGCAGGGCGGUCGGACGUGGAGAUGCUAUUACGCUGCCAUCGCGAGAUCGAGAUGGGUUCCGAUGGCGAAACGCCGCGCACGCGCGAGGCCGCCGUGGGCAGGCGCAGGCGGGGGAUACAGAUCGACUUGCCGUCGUUGCUCGUGUAG